AUGUUAAUGGAUAAAAAGAUUAAGUCGCGAAGGCGUAAAGUAAAAUUUCGUGAAGAAAUCAAAAUUGAUCCACGGGGACAUCGUAUAUAUGGUCCAGGUCAUACGUAUUGGACUGGUUCCCUACGAGAUGGACGAGAUCGUGGUCCUUAUCCGUAUUAUUGUCCAGUGGGAUGGGAAAGAUACGCGUUUCAUGUUAAUGAUAACUAUGAUGAGAAAUUUAAGGGAUGGUCUAUUUCUUAUCAUGGUACAAAAUUUACAUAUGGCUUAUCAAUUUUGCUGAGUGGAUUGGCACCAGCAAGAUUGGACGAACAUGGUCCAGGAAUAUAUACAACUCCAUCGAUUAUUUAUGCAGCGCAUCCAAGAUAUGCUGAGAUCAAACGAAUUGAAUCAUCAGAUGAAAAGAACUUGUAUAAAAUUGGACAAUAUGUUCAGUAUGUGUUAGAAUGUCGUGUUCAUCCGAAUAAGACAAAAGUAGGACCUGAAACAUUAUUGGUACGUGGAAAAGCUACUAUUGAUCCUAAUUUCUCCAAUAAUGUUAUUGAAUGGGCUACUAAAACACAAGGAAACGAUAUAGUCAAUUUUAAUGAUCCUAAUUCUACUGUUGUUUGUACAGGAUUAAUGGUGCGUGUUACAGAUAAUCAUCCUGGUUUGCUACGUGAAUCUCAAUGGUGGUAUUCAGGACACCUAUGUGGCGACAAAACUUGUUGUUUCUUAGGUGUUGAUUAUAAUGAAUUGAUGAAACAAAAAUUCAAAGAUCGAGAUUAUUCGAGAUAUUAUCAUAACAAAUUACAUAAUUCGACUGAUUUUCUUCUACGAGAAAUGACGACAGAAAAUGAAUUAAAGUUAUGUUCAAUCUGCAAUAAACCUCCUGUUAAAUACUCUUGCAUUGGAUGUAAAAAAUAUUUUUGUUCGAAGGAUUUCAAAGAACAUGAACAACAACUGUCGAUAAAAUUCGAUACUGAAGUAGUGAGAUCUCACAAUGAACUUUAUGAACAAAUUCAAGAGUUAGAAAAAUCAAAUUAUUUGUCAUUGGAUCUUUUUACUAAAAUUGAAGAAUGGAAAAAAACAACAAUCGAUAGAGUAGAACAAGCAGCAGAAAGAGCUCAUCAUGAACUUAUCGAACUAAUCAAUAAACAAAGAAUAAAAAUAAGAGAACAACUUGAAUCAAUUACAAAAGAAAUUCGUUGUCAUCAAGAAGAAGAAACUUUUAUUGAAGAUGAUAUUGAUCGACUUAAACAAAAACUCAAUGAAAUUCAAAAAACAUUUCAAAAAUUUAUUCGAAAAGUUACAAAUAAAACCAUCAUUGUGGACAAUGAUCAAAUUGAUUGGAAUCGACUUAUCUACAUUAGAGAAAAACAACCAAACUUACCAUUACUACGCAGUGCAUAUCUGAGUGCAAAUGCAACAUGGAUACGGAAUGGUGUCACUGUGGCUGGAGCAGAUGGAGGAGGCAGUGGAAUGAGUCAACUCUGCUAUCCAUUAGGUCUAUGUGUUGAUGAUGAUCAAAAUAUCUACAUUGCUGACCACGCCAAUCAUCGUAUUGUGGUAUGGAAAUGUGGUGCCACGACCGGUCGAAUUGUAGCCGGUGGAAAUGGACAAGGAAAUCAAUCUGAUCAGUUGAACAGUCCAUAUGAUAUGAUAGUCGAUAAAGAAAGAAAUAGUCUUAUCAUUUGUGAUUAUGGCAAUAAAAGAGUAGUUCGAUGGCCUCGUCAAAAUGGUUCAAAUGGAGAAACGAUCAUCUCAAAUGUUGCAUGUAUUGGUUUGACAAUGGACGAUGAUGGAUUUCUCUAUGUUGUUGAUAACGAUGAACAUGAAGUCAGACGAUAUCAAAUAGGAGAAAGUCAAGGAACAAUAGUUGCAGGUGGAAAUGGGCCAGGAAAUCAACUCGAUCAGUUGAAUUGUCCGAGAUACGUAUUCGUUGAUCGAGAUCGUUCAGUCUACGUAUCAGAUAUGAUAAAUCAUCGUGUAAUGAAGUGGAUGGAAGAUGCGAAACAAGGCAUUGUUGUAGCUGGUGGUCAAGGUAAAGGAAAUAAACUUACGCAAUUAUCAAAUCCUUAUGGAAUUGUCGUGGAUCAGUCAAGUAGAGUGUAUAUAGCUGAUUAUUCGAAUCAUCGAAUAAUGCAUUGGACUCCAGAAGCUACACAAGGGAGUGUCAUUAUUGGUGGAAAUGGUUCUGGAAGUCAAUCAAAUCAAACCUUUGGCCCCAUCGGUCUAUCAUUUGAUCGAGAAGGCAAUCUCUACACUGCUAGUUUAUCACUCGAUGAAAAUAUUAAUAUAUGUACUCAAACGACCAAUUUUUAUGCAACUCGAAAUGAGACUAAUAAAAUUAAUUUUGCUCGUCUUGAAAAAGGACUUCUUUUAUUUAUUUAUGUUUAUGAAACAGCAAAAGAAAAUUUAGCAAUUGAAAUGGCUCUUUGGGAUCAUCGUCUUUGUUUUUAUAUGAUCAAAGAUGGAAAAUGUACUAAACCAUCUGGUGAAUGUCAUCAUGAACAUCAAUCAACAUAUCGACAAACAAAUCUUUGUUCUUUCUGGUAUAUAAAUAAUUCAUGUACAUUUGGUUCCAAAUGUAAAAAUUCUCAUAAUUUUGAAGAAGUAUUAAAAUAUCAUCAUUUUAUUCGUACAGAAACUGAAAUGAAUGUAUAUAAACUUAUUCGAUUUAUUCGAAAUUUUGCUGGACAUUAUAUUGAUUCAGCAAUUAAAGAUUCAAAUGAUCAACAAGAUUUAUAUAAAGAUAUCAUUGUUGUUAUGGUUCAUUUAGUGCAUAUUUUAAGUCCUAAACAACAAAAUUCAAUUGAACAUCUGAAUUUAUUUCUUGAAACAACAACAAUAAAUCAAUUAAUUCCACAAGAAGAUCUUCUUGUUGAACUCAAAAAACCUUAUGAUGUUCCAGAAAUAUUUUUGGAUCUUGGUAUGAAUUUUAAUACUUAUUGGUAUCGACGAGGUGUAAAUAAACAAUGUAUUGAUUUUAAUCGAUUAUCAUCUGAAUUUAUCUUAUUUUUCAACAAUAUCUUUACUGAAUACUAUGAAGGACGUCUUAAAUCACGUGGUGCCAAGGCACCUUGGCGUGAAAAUCAGAGAAAGACAUAA